AUAAGAUGAAAAAGCUGUAUAUAUUGGCUGUGUUUUGCGGAGUAGUCCUGGGGGAAGAACUGUACAGCAAGGAAGAGGAAUCCAAUCGUACUUCACAAGUCAGGAAUGUAUCUGACAGUAAACCAGCUAUUUACAGAGGAAAAGUUAAAAGUGAUCUUCAUGAUUAUGGUAUAGUCAGUGAACAAUAUCCUGCUUAUCCUCCUCCUCUAGACAAUGAUGAAGGACGGGUCCGUGUACCUGAUAACUAUGUCGAGGGUGGACUGCCUAUCCUAUCUGAUGCUGUGUUCUCAUUGAUCAUCAUGAUCUACGUGUCCGGGGCAUUCUUUUUCGUAUUCUUCUUAUUCUGCUGGAAGAGAGGACUCCCACAGGGCGUAAAUGGUAUUGCGCAGACUGGGAACUGUCCUACUAAACCAUACAAAUACAAGCUCGCUCUUCCAGAUUCAGAUGAACAGUACUAUCCUUCUCAUCAUGUGGAACAUGAUAAAUACAAUGUUCCAGGUUCAGAAGGGCAGGAACAGUACUAUCCUACUCAUCAUGUGGAACAUAUUAGAUACAAUGUUCCAGGUUCAGAAGAACAAGAACAGUACAAUCCUACUCAUCAUGUGGAACAGUGUUAAAUACAAGCUAACUGUUCCAGAUUCAGAAGACCAGGAACAGUACUAUCCUACUCAUCAUGUGGAACAGUGUUAAAUACAAUGUUCCAGAUUCAGAACACCAGAAACAGUACUAUCCUACUCAUCAUGUGGAACAUGUUAAUUAAAAUGUUCCAGGUUCAGGAGAACAGGAACAGUACUAUCCUACCCAUCAUGUGGAACAUGUUAAAUACAAUGUUCCAGGUUCAGAAGAACAGGAACAGUACUAUUCUUCUCAUCAUGUGGAACAAUGUUCCAGGUUCAGAAGAGCAGGAACAGUACUAUCCUACUCAUCAUGUGGAACAUGUUAAAUACAAUGUUCCAGGUUCAGAAGAACAGGAACAGUACUAUUCUUCUCAUCAUGUGGAACAAUGUUCCAGGUUCAGAAGAGCAGGAACAGUACUAUCCUACUCAUCAUGUGGAACAGUGUUAAGCAUACAAAACUUGAAGAUACAAUCUAUAUCUUUAUAUACAUACAUAAACUUGAACAUACAAUCUAUCUUAAUAUACAUAUUUAAACUUGAAGAUACAAUCUACAUCUUUACAUACAUACAUAAACUUGAAGAUUCAAUCUACAUCUUUAUAUACAUACAUAAACUUGAAGAUACAAUCUAUAUCUUUAUAUACAUACAUAAACUUGAACAUACAAUCUAUAUCAUUAUAUACAUACAUAAACUUGAAGAUACAAUCUACAUCUUUAUAUACAUACAUAGACUUGAAGAUACAAUCUAUAUCUUUAUAUACAUACAUAAACUUGAACAUACAAUCUAUAUCAUUAUAUACAUACAUAAACUUGAAGAUACAAUCUACAUCUUUAUAUACAUACAUAAACUUGAAAUUCCGUCUACAAUCUACAGCUGACCUUUAAAAAAUAGACUGAUUGGAUAAUGAAGUGAGAUCGAAUUAACAGACUUGAGAGUUAAAACAGUUAUGAUAUUAAUAUGUUUUGAACUUUAACUCUGUAAGUUUCAUUUGUAUAUUAACUUGGAAGUUAAGCUUGUGUAAUUAGAACAAUUUGUCAAAGCAAGAUUUUUCGAAUAUUAAAUGAACAUUUUUUUUACUUAUCGCAAACACAUUUUAUACAUAAUCUCAGUCGCAUAUUCAUUUUUAAAUUUCAAUUUAAAGUUCAAAUUUUGUCCAAAAAAAAUAUUUGUUUGUAUUUUGACGCAUGAACAUCGAAAAAAGACUAACUUUUCAUUGAACGGAACUAAAGUGGAACUCUGGAAUAGAAAGACGACUUUUAAAAUCAAGUUAUUACUAUAAAAUUCUUACGAGCAAGAGACAUGGCAAAUUUUUGGUGUAAACAGACCCAUUUCACUAAACUAUUGAUUUGAUAAGUGUUUUGUAAAACUAUUUGCAUUG